AUGGAAGCAAAUGACCCUCAAUUACAACCGUUUCCAAGCCCCUUCAAAGGCCAUGAAGCACCUCGUCCGCUCGGGUGUGGACUGAACUUUCCAGUAACUCACACAACCAGCAACAGCGCUUUCCACCACUUCGUUAGACAGCGGCAAGGAUUCAAACCUAUUUUCAGAGAGUGUGCAUGUGAAAAAUGCAAUCUCAUAGCCGAGCGUCAACGAGUGAUGGCAGCCCAGGUGGCGUUGAAACGGAAACAGGCCACGGAGGAUGCAAUUGCACUUGGAUUACGGGUGGUCGCCGGGCAGGUAAUUGAACGUCUUCCACAAGGACCAUUAUGGAACGCAAGUACCGACGAAGACCAAGACAUCGAUGAUCAUGGUAAAUUUUCCUAUGUUUACUCUCUUCCGUUCGCCCUCAUCAUUUUUUGA